GAAGAUAUACGCGGCAGUUUGACACUCGUGGAUCCUCUGUGGUGUUUUGGUCCAGUGGAGCCCACUCUCAAAAAUGACAGCGAGAAAGUCUGGCUCACGACUGGAGACCGAGAUAGAGCGGUGCCGUUCAGAGAAUCAAUGGGACAAGAUACCGGAGUUAGUACGGCAGCUGUCAGCCAAACUAAUAUCAAACGAUGACCUUGGGGAGUUGUUGCAGGGGGAAUGCAAACUUCAGACUUACCUGAAGGAGAACCCCAUCAAACAGGGAGCCAGUCCCCGGGGCCCACGACCUAAACUGGUGGAGGUCAGGAAACACCUCACUGCUGCUCUGGACAGAGGAAACCUCAAGGCUGAUUACCUUCAGGAGGCCAGCCUGUUGAUGGCUAAACUGUGCUAUGUGGAGGGAGAAUACAGAGAUGCUUUAGGUCAUUACAGCAGGGUGAACCUAGAUGACAUGCAGCUGGGAGGAGCUCCGGUGUAUCGGCUGUCUAUGAUCGCAGAGGCAUACGCUACGAAAGGACUGUGCUACGAGAAGGUCCCAGCUGCCUCUCCAUCUCUAUCCAAUAAGAACACUGGAUCUCCAUCGUCUAAUAGGAGCACAACAGACCGGGAGCAGGAAAUCAUCACCUGCUAUGAAAAGUCUGGAGACAUUGCUCUGCUCUACCUGCAGGAGGCUGAGAAGGCGUUGUCAGCAGGAAUUCAGAACCGCAGCCCAAAGCCUGGCCCAACUGCCCAGGACCUGGAACUGGGCUACUUCCUGGAGACAGGCCUGCAGAGAGCCCACGUCAUCCACUUCAAGAACGGCAACCUGACACGAGGCGUGGGCCGGUUUCGGGAGAUACUUCGGGCUGUUGAGACCAGAACCACCCAGAGCCUGCGCAUGACCAUAGCCAGACAGCUUGCAGAGAUCUUGCUCAGAGGAAUGUGCGAACAGAGUUACUGGUCUCCCCUGGAAGACCCACCCACAGUGUCGCCAUUGGACGAUCCCACACGGCAAGGACACACUCACAGCAAGAACUACAGCCUAAGCCGACGCCCACGGGUGUACUCGGGAGAGAAUCUGUUUUGCCCUCAGGAGAACACAGAAGAAGCGUUGCUGCUGCUGCUCAUUAGUGAGUCUAUGGCUAACCGUGACGCUGUCCUGAGCAGAAUCCCUGAACACAACAAUGAUCGCAUCAUCAGCCUGCAGUCUGCCUCUGUGGUGUACGACCUGCUGACUAUAGCUCUGGGCAGGAGAGGGCAGUAUGAGAUGCUGUCAGAGUGUCUGGAGAGAGCCAUGAAGUUUGCCUUUGAGGAGUUUCACUUGUGGUACCAGCUCGCCCUGUCACUCAUGGCAGCUGGGAAGUCAGCUCGUGCCGUUAAGGUCCUUAAGGAGUGUAUCCGUCUGAAGCCUGACGACCCCACCAUCCCACUGCUGGCUGUCAAGCUGUGUAUCGGACCUCUGCACUGGUUGGAUGAGGGGGAGUGCUUUGCAAAGAUGGUGAUUGACAUGGGGGAGAAAGCAGCUGAGUUCAGAGCCAAAGGCUACUUAGCCAUCGGGCUUGUUUACAGCCUCAAAGCCACUGACGCAUCACUGCGAAGCACACAGGAGGAGUACCAGAGGAAAGCUUUGGGAGCCUUCCAGAGAGCUCAGAGUCUGUCUCCUACUGACCAUCUAGCAGCCUUCUACUUGGCACUGCAGCUUGCUGUGUCUAGACAGAUCCCUGAGGCACUAGGCUAUGUACGACAGGCGUUGCAGCUUCAGGGGGACGAUGUCCACUCCCUUCAUCUGCUGGCCCUGCUGCUCUCUGCUCAGAAACACUACCACGAUGCUCUUAACAUUAUAGAGAUGGCUCUGUCUGAGUACCCAGAGAACUUCAAUCUGCUGUAUACCAAGGUGAAGUUGGAGUCCAUGUGUAGAGGACCGGAGGAAGCUCUGCUCACCUGUAAACACAUGCUGCAGAUCUGGAAGAGCUUUUACAACCUUACCAACCCCAGUGAUUCUGGGCGUGGCAGCAGUCUGUUGGACAGAGCCAUAGCAGACAGACGACAGCUCAACGCCAUGACUUUGCCUGACUUCAGUGACCCAGACACAGUCUCAGGUUCUUCCUCUUCUCACUCUGGUUCUGAACUGGUCUCCCCCACCUCUCCAUCCACCAUUUCCACCCUCUCUUCCCCACUGUCCUCCCCUUCUUCCCCUUCUUCCCCUUCUUCCCCUGUCUUCAUCCUCCAGCCUCCUCCUCUCCCUCCACGCAAAAAAAAAACCUUCCUUCCUCCUAACCCUCCUGGCCCUUCUGGCCCUCCUCCUCCUCCUCCUCCUCGUCCUCCUCCUGCGCCCACCAAGACCAGGACUCACUCCUUUUGCAACCACGUCAUUCUCCGCCAGCUCUCCUCCAAUUGCGGCCUUCAGGAUGCUAACACUCUUGGUUUUUCCUCCAUGUUUUCUGUUUGCUCGGUUCAUGCUACAUCUAUAGCAGCCAGUCGUGUCGAGCAGGCUCUGUCUGAAGUAGCCUCCUCUCUGCAGAGCAGCGCCCCCAAACAUGGACCCCUGCACCCCUGGAUGACCCUGGCUCAGAUCUGGCUGCAUGCAGCUGAGGUGUACACCGGCAUGUCCAAGCCUGCAGAGGCCACGGCCUGCACACAGGAAGCCUCCAAUCUCUUCCCCACAUCACAUAACGUGCUGUACAUGAGGGGACAGAUAGCUGAAUUGAGGGGCAACAUAGACGAGGCCAAGCGCUGGUAUGAAGAGGCCCUAUCCAUCAACCCGACGCACGUAAAGACCAUGCAGAGACUGGGUCUGAUUCUCCACCAGCUGCAGCGCUACAGUCUGUCAGAGAAAGUCCUGCGGGAUGCUGUGCAGGUCAACAGUACGGCUCAUGAUGUGUGGAACAGCCUUGGCGAGGUGCUGCAGGCUCAGGGAAACGCUGCGGCUGCCACCGAGUGUUUCCUCACUGCGUUGGAGCUGGAGGCCAGCAGCCCCAUUCUGCCCUUUACCAUCAUACCGCGAGCACUAUGAAACACACACACCUUCACUGUUACAGCCUCAGCACUGUAACACUGUGGCACAAAUGAUGGACCUGCAAGCUGCACACACACCCCAUACACACACAGCAUGCCUGCAUGCCCCUCACACACACACACACACACACCUGCACAAGGUUUUACUGCCGUACCCUUACUGUAAAUACACAUACUGUAUAGAAAUGCAAAUAAACAAACAUUCACGCUUCCCCCUGCCCACAACCCUUCCCACAAUGCCUUGCUGUGGCUGUGACCCCUGACUGUGUGUGUGUGUGUGUGUGUGUGUGUGUGUGUGUGUGUGUGUGUGUGUGUGUGUGUGUGUGUGUGUGAGUGUGUGAGUGUGUGAGUGUGUGAGUGUGUGAGUGUGCGUGUGUGAGUGUGAGAGUGUGAGAGAAAGCAUACAUUGCUAGUGUGUUGGUCUGCACUUUUUUGUGUCUGUGCAUGUACAUCCACGUCUGUGUAUGUGUGCCAACAUGUUUAUGUCAUAUUUGUGUCCGGCAGUAUGUGAUUUGUAGUAUGGUGUGUGUGUUUGAGAUCCUACUCUGGCAUUGCUAGCAUUAAGAAGCCUCAGAGUUUACAUUUUGUUUACAUGUUAUUUAGACAAUUAAUGUUUCCUUUAUAAGCCAAAUAUUACUGAUAAUCUCAACACACACACGCACAUUUACUUGCUGUAAUAUAAAGAGGAUCACAGUGACUGUAUGACUGGCUUUGGACAGCCGGAUCUUUAAGAAUCUACUUGACAGACAUGAUCAACAGAUCGCUGAAGAAUCAAUCAAUCAGUAAACUAAAUGCCAAAACACAGGCUGCAUUUUCACACACAGGAGAUCAGAUCUGAACCUGCUGAUGUCCACGGGAUGGCUGGCUAUUGUUUUUAAACAUGUUUAAAUUUAAGCAUAUUUUAUGUAUAUUCAUGUUGAGCCUUUUCAUGCUCCUUUGUUUAAAGUCCCUUUCCUGACUCGUUAUUAAGUAUGUGAAAAUACAUAAAAAGUAAAUAAAAAAAACAUUGAGAAGGGUCUGAGAGAGUCUUCUUCUCUCACUGAGAAACUCUGGAUCUGGCCUCAGCCCACCACCACUGCUGCUCGAGAGCAAGGUUUAUAUGUGAAGGACCAGUGAGAUACUCUCUGCUAGGGAACAUUAGUGAGGCUCCAGACUCGGGUGAGGAGUCUGUUGUGCACUGUUUCAGAAUGGUAAGUGGAGUAAGCAUCUUUUAGCUUGUUUAUGUUGAUGGUAGCUUGUAGCUGGCAGUGGCUGACAGGUUGUGAAAGCUGCACAUACAAUCUGUGCAAAGUUUGUCACUAGAGAUGUGUUUUCAGAUACAAGUCAGAAGGUCAGACAUUUUAGGGGACUUAAAAGUAACAUUUUUGAUUGGAGGGGGACUUUAACCAUAUUUCCAGUUCAUUCUGUGAUGUUAUUUUUCUAAUUGUGAUUAGCCAAUAUCAGCCAUUCCAUUUCAAUAUUCAUAAUUGUACUUUAUUUUUUAAUGCUUUUGAUCAGUUUGAAUCCGUUUUUUUAGCAUGAGCACAAGUUGCUGAACACAGAAAAGUGCCAACCACAAACAAGAUGUCGCACGUAACAGUUGAAUUUCAUGUAAAUCGCUCAAAAACCAGCACUCCUAUGUGACUUAUGUUUUAACAAAUUGUAAGUGUGAAAAGGAGGAAUCUGUUUCCAAAAAAUCUGAUUCUCUGUGUGUGUAAGUGCAACCAGUGAUUGUGUUGUCGUCGUGUCCUGUCACCGCCAUGUUAAAUGCAACUAGAUGAAUAUACUUUUUUCUUUUUUGGAUUAUAAAUACAAAAGGAUAUUGUUGUAUAUUUGAUUGUUUCGAGUGUAUUAUUAUUGUUAUUAUUUUAGAAAGUAAAUUAUAAUUCUAUUUUCUGGAGAGUGAUGUUACUGAGAAGAUGUUUUUGGAGGAAUAAAAGGAUGAACUGAUUUAGUUUGUUGAUGUGAGCUGAGUCAGUAAGUCCUUUGUGCUGUAAAUGAAUGACUGAAAUCUGGAUGACAAAGAUAAUAAAAGCGGUUAAAACAUC